AUGGGUGACACAAUGAAAGCCGUCAACUACCAGGGCGCGUUCAAGGUCAAGGUCGAGGACGUGCCGAAGCCGAAGAUCGAACACCCGGACGACAUCAUCGUCAAGGUGACCACGGCCGCAAUCUGCGGCUCCGACCUACACAUGUACGAAGGCCGCACCGGAGCCCAGGCAGGCAUUACUUUCGGCCAUGAGAACAUGGGCGUGAUCGAAGAGGUUGGUGAGGGCGUGACGCUGCUCAAAAAGGGUGACCGUGUCGUGAUGCCCUUCAACGUCGCCGAUGGCCGGUGCCGCAACUGCGAAGAAGGCAAGACCGCCUUCUGCACAGGCGUGAACCCAGGCUUCGCGGGCGGCGCGUACGGCUACGUAGCCAUGGGCCCCUACCGCGGCGGCCAGGCGCAAUACAUCCGCAUCCCCUACGCGGACUUCAACGCGCUCAAACUCCCUCCCGGCACGGAGAACGAAAAGGACUUUAUCCUGCUGGCCGACAUCUUCCCGACGGGCUGGCACGGCGUCACGCUCAGUGGGUUCAAGCCGGGCGAGAGCGUGGCGGUCUUUGGCGGCGGGCCCGUCGGACUCAUGGCCGCGUACUCGGCGCAGCUGCGGGGCGCGAGUAAGGUGUUUGUGGUGGACCGCGUGCCGGAGAGGUUGCAGGCGGGCGAGAAGAUUGGGUGUAUCCCCAUUGAUUUCAGUAAGGUGGACGUGGUGGAGACGAUCAAGGAGAAGAAUGGGGGCAUGGUGGAUCGGAGUGUUGAUGCGGUGGGAUACCAGGCUGUGGCGGGUGGAGGGGACAAGGAGGUGCCGAAUGUGGUGCUCGAGAAUAUGAUUCAGGUCACUAGGGCGUGUGGCGGGCUGGGUAUUCCAGGUCUGUAUGUGCCGACGGACCCGGGUGCGCCGGACUCGGCUAGCGGGAAGGGCAUGCUGAGUCUGAGCUUUGGAAAGCUGUUUGAGAAGGGCCUGAGCCUGGCGACGGGUCAGUGCAAUGUCAAGCAGUAUAACCGAUACCUACGAGACCUGAUCAUCUCGGGCAAGGCGAAGCCCAGCUUCGUUGUCAGCCACGAGAUCGGCAUCGACGAUGCAGAGGUGGCAUACGACAAGUUCGACAAGCGAGUGGAGGGGUACACGAAAGUCUUGAUCCAUCCGAAUGGCCCGUUGUAA